CUCUGUCUCCUCGCCUGUCGUCUGUCUCCCCUUCUCUCGCUCUUCUCUCCGCCUCGUCAGGCUCGGCCAGAGAGCGAGUGGCAAGAUGGCGGCGCCCAGGAUGCCACCCUCCCGGCUGUCGGGCAUCAUGGUGCCAGCACCUAUCCAGGACCUGGAGGCCCUGCGCGCGCUCACGGCGCUCUUCAAGGAGCAGCGUAACCGGGAAACAGCACCCAGAACGAUCUUCCAGAGAGUCCUGGAUAUCUUAAAGAAAUCCACUCAGGCUGUUGAGCUGGCCUGCAGAGAUCCCUCCCAAGUGGAGCACCUGGCUUCCAGUCUUCAGCUGAUCACCGAGUGCUUCAGAUGCCUUCGUAAUGCUUGUAUAGAGUGUUCUGUGAACCAGAAUUCAAUCAGGAACCUGGAUACCAUUGGAGUUGCCGUUGAUUUGGUUCUUCUCUUUCGUGAACUUCGGGUGGAACAAGACUCUUUGUUGACAGCUUUCCGCUGUGGCCUGCAGUUUUUAGGCAACGUUGCCUCACGGAAUGAAGAUUCCCAGUCCAUUGUUUGGGUCCACGCCUUCCCAGAACUCUUCAUGUCUUGCUUAAAUCAUCCAGACAAAAAGAUUGUUGCCUACUGUUCCAUGAUUCUGUUCACAUCUCUUAAUUCUGAAAGGAUGAAGGACCUGGAAGAGAACCUCAAUAUUGCAAUUAACGUCAUAGAAGCUCACCAAAAGCACCCAGAGUCAGAGUGGCCGUUCUUGAUCAUUACAGACCACUUUCUGAAAAGCCCGGAAUUGGUGGAAGCUAUGUAUGGCAAACUCAGCAAUCAGGAAAGGGUCACACUGUUAGACAUCAUGAUAGCCAAGAUCGUGGGUGAUGAGCAGCUGACGAAGGAUGACAUCUCUAUAUUUUUGCGCCAUGCUGAGUUGAUUGCAAACUCAUUUGUGGAUCAGUGUCGGAAUGUGCUGAAGUUGACCUCAGAACCUCAGACGGAGGACAAGGAAGCACUGGUUACGAUUCGGCUCCUGGAUGUCUUGUGUGAAAUGACGUCCAACACUGAGCUGCUCGGCUACCUGCAGGUUUUUCCUGGCCUGAUGGAACGCGUGAUUGAUGUUUUACGAGUGAUUCAUUCAGUUGGAAAAGAUAGCACGAACAUCUUCAGUCCCUCCGACUCUCUAAAAGCAGAGGGUGAUAUCGAACACAUGACUGAAGGGUUUAAGUCUCACCUCAUCCGUCUGAUUGGAAAUCUGUGCUACAAGAAUAAAGAAAACCAAGACAAAGUGAAUGAGCUGGAUGGCAUUCCUCUGAUCCUGGACAGCAGCAACAUCGAUGACAACAACCCCUUUAUGAUGCAGUGGGUGGUGUAUGCCGUGCGAAAUCUCACUGAAGACAACAGCCAAAACCAAGAUUUCAUUGCCAAGAUGGAGGAGCAGGGGUUGGCAGAUGCGUCCCUACUGAAGAAGAUGGGCUUUGAGGUUGAAAAGAGUGGGGACAAACUGAUUCUGAAGUCCAAUAAUGACAUCCCCCCACCUUGAAUGCCCUCUCCGUCUGAGCACAUUCAGAUCCAUCUCACGGACCUCUCGUCUCUGCGGUGUAUGAACUCACAAGUAUCGGAAAUGUAGGCGCCGAUGCGGGGCCUCCCGUCAGUUCUUUAGAAUUAAUGUGUGUAAGCUACAAGUGAGCAUUUUCUUUAGUUCUCUGCAGUGAGUAUCACUGUCUGCCUCACCUUUGUUCCUCUGGGUGGACCUCUCCCCAGUCAUAUGCAUUGUGCUUACUGUCGUAGUGAGUAAUAAACGUUUUUGUGGGCACAGCCCUCACUCGGCAAAGA